AGUGCUGGGAUUAAAGGCGUGCACCACCACCGCCUAGCAAGAGUUCUUUGAUUUUCUGUGUAUUGAAUGUUUCACCUUCAUGUAUGAUGUACACCAUGAUGGUGUCAGAGAAGAGUAUCUGGAGUUAUAGCUGCUUGUGAGGCACCAUGUGGGUGCUGGGAACUGAACCUGGCCGGGUCCUCUGCAAGAGCAAGUGCUCAUAUCUGAUGAUCCCACUCUCACCCCACCUUCAUCUCCAGUGCUGGGACACCUGAGAGACGGGGUCUCUCCGUAGUAGACCAGGCUAGACUCAACAGCCUCAGUGUUGGAGCAACAGGCCUAGGGUGUAUAAACAUAUUCUUUGGAGGCCAGCUUCUCCCAACCUGAGUGAGCCUGGACCACUAGCGGGGCAGAAUCCGCCCCUGAUGCUGAGGGUGGCCCUGUUCCCACCCUGUCAGUCUGACUUCCUGUCUCUUUUCUGUGGGUGGAGCCCCCUUUCUCUUCUAAGUGUUUCCCGGUGUUUCUUUCCCUCGGUCCCCCGCCCCCAUACCCAGGUGGAAAUUUUCAGCCACAUGAAAGGCAGGCAUGACUGGGGACGCUGGCCCUUCAGCCUUCACGGAAAGGAGCUGUCUGGAAACUGUUAGCCUGAGGCAGGCAGGCCUGGCAGUCGAGGAGGCAGCCCUUGGGCCAAGGGGCCCUGCAGGAAAGGGGCGUUGCCUGUCCCCCUCCCCUGACCUCCUGUUUCCUUUCCCCUCUUCUCUGGAGUCUCCACCCUUCUUCACGUAUGUUUCUGUGCCUGUCUUCUUAGGGUCUUCUCCAUCUUCUUUCAAAGUCCUGGUCUGGGUUCCCUGAACCCUCCCCAAGCCAUUGGCUGGGCUCGGGGUGGGCGGGUUCUGUUACGAGGGGCAACGGCCACACCACAAGCCGCUUUGGCUUCUGAGAGGGUGAGAACCAUGGCAGGCCGGACCCUAGCUCUGCGAUAUGGGUCCCCUUGGUCCCCCAUUUCUGAAACUGAGGUUCCUGGAACCUGGCCCAGCUGGCAUCUCACCAGCAGCGGGGUCGCCCACCACAGGAUCCCACCAGCGCCCUUUCCUCCGCCCACUCUGCAGUCUACGGUCCUGGCACCCCUGCCCGCAGCCAUGAAGCACGACCCGCACAUCUGGGCUUUUGACGAAGUCAUCAGCAGAUGGGAAACCACCUCGGGCUCGGCAUACACGGCCAAGACUCACGGUGGGCCCUGUGCUCAGCCCAAGGCCGCAGAGCAUGAGGACCCUGGGCGGCCAGUAGGGAUCAAGUCUUUGGCCGAGAAGCUAAGAAGCCAUCAGGGUUUGGGCGUCCCCCUGAACACAAAAUACCAGAUCAGCGAGAUGAAGGCACAGUACACGGGCUGUCCAGGUCUGGACCAGAGUGCCCCUCUCUUUGCGGAGCCCCAACCCCUGGAGCUCGCUGACCACCACUGCGGGGGCCCUUCCCAGGCCCUCAUCCCUUGGACAAAGAACCCAGAGCUGGCUGGCCAGCCCUUUACAGCGAGCAAGAUGGGUGUCCUGGACCACCUCCAGCCCUAUCUAACAACCUCUGCACGUGACUUCUCAAGGAAAGAGCUGCCUGGAUAUCCUGGCCAGAAAACUAUGACUUGCUGGAGCUGUCUGAAGAAGCCACAGGCUUUCAGUCAUGGUGGUCCACCGAGGGAACGGCUAGCCCGUGCACGCCCAGUACCACCAGCUGUGCCAUACCUGGGGGCCCUGCCUUUGGCCCAGGAGUCCUACGGGCCCUCAGUGCACCCGCUCCGCAGGCUGGACCGCUUUUGCCCACUAGAGGCACCCUGGGGAGGCCCCCACCAGAAGCCAGUGUCUGGCAUCUACAGUGUGCCCAAGGCCUACUGCACCGAGAACUCCCGCUAUGGGAGUGCCAGGGCAGAGCUGGUGUGAGCAUGUGGACCUCACCCACAGGCAGACAUACACUCCAGCAUCGGAUUUGUGGGUGGGUUGGCCAUACCCCACGCUUGCAGAAAAGCCUCCUCCAUGCGGAGCUUAGUAAUCAAGGAGUUUUACAGCUGAAAUCACACCCACGUCUGGAUCCAUGCAUCCUGAUUAGGGAGUCGGGUGAGGGGCGGUUGCUCCACUUCUGGUUGGAAGUGUCUGGGUAUAGUAAAUUUGGAGGCCCACUUGGGGCAGGAGGAACCUAAUGCUGAAGCUGUUCCUUUUUAUAAGGCUGCACCGAGGGACCCAGCCAGCAGCCUGCAGAGUUCACCUUUUUCUCCUCCUGUGAUGGGGGUGAAGGGCCCAAGGGUCCUUCCUGCACUCCCAACAUUGGCUAGGCUCAGACAUCUGGGGUGAGUGUGAGGCCAAUCACUGAUGGUCCCUCACUUCCCUGACCUUGUCUGUCUCUCGCCCCCGAAGAGAUUAGUGUCUAGGUUACCCAAGCCUACAGUCGCCACUUGGUGGCCUUGCCACCCCCACAACCCACAGGUAUAAAGUUAGGUGACCGAGGUAGGGAAGGCAUCAAGAAUGGAGAGGCUCCAGGUAAGAGUAUAGGGCCCUGGGCAUCUCCCAAUCCCACCAGAUGGACAGUCCUGUGACCUGUGGGGGGCGGGAGUGUCCUGACUUGUGGACUCCAAGAAGGACAGAAACGGAAUUGAUGGCAGGUCCUGAAGGCCAGGAUCAAUACAAUACUGAGUGGGUCCAGAGCCUGGGGUGGCUAACCCAGGGCUAGA